GUUAAACCUGAAAUCAUAUUGAGCAGUUUCUCUUAAUUGUAAAAAAUCUACUUUUUUGUGUGUUCCUUUUCCAAUUAAACUUCUAGGAGGCAGAAUCAGUGGAUGAAACCAUUGAGGAUUGAGCGAGCAUGGCUUCUUUUGAACUUGGGUGUGAAAAUGAGGAUGAAAAAAUCAAUAUACCAUCGAUUAAAGGGGAUGGCUUCUCAUUCCGGAAACUAUGGGCGUUUACGGGUCCUGGAUUCCUACUCUCUGUCGCCUAUAUGGACCCUGGCAACAUCGAGAAUGACCUUCAGUCUGGGGUGAAAGCAAAAUAUAAGAUUCUAUGGAUUCUGCUGACAUCUACUCUGAUGGCUCUGAUGAUGCAGCGCCUGUCUCUAAGGCUAGGAGUGGUGACUGGCAGACAUCUGGCAGAGAUGUGUCACCUCCAGUACCCGACACUGCCUCGUCUCUUCCUCUGGCUGAUGAUAGAAGUGGCCAUCAUCGGUGCUGACAUGCAAGAAGUCAUCGGAACAGCCAUUGCACUCUAUCUGCUCUCCAACAAACUGAUUCCUCUAUGGCUGGGUGUGGUCCUGACAGUUAUAGACACCUUCAUGUUUCUCAUGAUAGAUAGAUACGGUCUUCGGAAACUUGAGAUGUUCUUUGCAGGAUUGGUCACAAUCAUGGUUGUCACUUUUGGUUAUCAGUUUUGGAUCGCCAAACCAGACGGUGUCGAGAUUGUGAAAGGUCUUUUUUAUCCUUGGUGCGAAAACUGUGACAGUUCUGUUGCGUUACAAGCGAUCGGAAUCAUCGGUGCCACCAUUACACCUCAUAACCUCUACCUGCACUCAGGGAUGGUCAAGUCUCGAGCAGUGGAUCGAACAAAGCUAUCCAAAAUAAAAGAAGCAAAUCUUUACUUCUUCCUAGAGUGUAUAAUUUGCUUGUCAAUAUCCCUUACGGUCAACAUUAUCGUUGUGUCGGUCUUCGCUCAUGGUUUGCACCACAGAACAAACGCGGAUGUGAUGAACAUUUGCCUGGAUAGUAAAGUUCCGUUUGAUAACAUUUUUCCGAACAACACAGAUGUGGUAGAACUGGAUAUCUACAAGAGUGGGGUAUACUUGGGAUGUCAGUAUGGGCUGGUAUCCCUGUACAUCUGGGGGGUGGGGGUAUUAGCAGCUGGAGAAGGGGCUACAAUGAUGGGAUGUUACGCUGGACAACUGACCAUGGAGGGGUUUCUUCAGUUGAAAUGGGUAAGAUGGAAGAGAGUGAUGUUUACCCGUUCCAUUGCAAUCCUGCCGACAUUCUUCGUAGCGUUCUUCAGCACGCUACCUGAACUCAGCGGCCUUAAUGACCUACUCAACGCAAUGUUCAGCGUUCAAAUCCCGUUCGCAACUCUACCUCUCAUAGCUUUUACAAGCAAUCCUCGUCUCAUGGGCCAAUUUGUCAAUGGGAUGGCAAUGAAGACUGUGAUGGUGCUUGUUUCGCUUGUUGUGAUUGCUGUAAACAUAGUAUUUGUUGCUUCAUCAGUAUUUUCCGCAGCCCUCGGAAACUGGUGGCUUUUGUCCUCGGUUGGUCUGUAUGCCGUAUUGUACGUAACUAUGUGCGGUUACCUCAUACUGCACAUGUUUUCCAAUAUGUCUGCCUCUCAGAAUAAGUUUACAAAAGUCAUAGUCAAAGACAAUUGGACAAAUGAUGCAAUGGACCAUUGGGUACAUAAUUAAAAUAAGUGCCAACUUUGACCAAAAAAUCAUACAGUAUUUUGUUAAGCAGCUUAUAUUUUCCGCGACAAUGGUUAGUUUUCUCACACAAUUAUCGACUACACCACUGCAUAUGAUAUCACUCAUGCUGUUCAUGAGUGAUAUUGUAAAUAAGUUUGUAUAUUGAUCACCAUUAAUAUUGUGUGUUUUAUUUAAUUUUUUACUUUAAUAUAGGCUACCUUCUGAUCUGUUUCAGUAAUGUAAUGAACCAGGUGAGAUGAGAAUUAUUAUUUGUUGGUAUCCUCUAUUAUUUUAAACUAGUGCAUCUGUUGCUCGAAUUCGAGCGAUUGCAAAAUAUUAAAGGCGUUUUCUUAAACGAAUAACAGUCACAAUUUCCGUUGACUUAAAAGAGUCAACUCAAAGAUAAUGUAAUAAAUCACUCCACUCCAGUUAUCGAAACUGGAAACGAACUCAUACUCUGAAAACAAACGCUCACUCCACUCGAUCUAUCGAAACUGAAAACGAACACUGUUGUGUGUAUCAUGUGUUUACUAUGAACAGCUGUCAUUAAUACAAAUUAUUCGUCUGUUUAAAUAAAUAAAAUAUUUUCUUCAUAAGAAAUACAUUGAGAUUUUGAUGGCCUGUGGGGCAAAGCCCAAAGACUUUUAUUACAGGAAUUUGUGAAAGGGGGCGUCUACACAAAAAAUACUUAAUUUUGACACCUUGUUUGUAAAAAUCCAUCAAUUAUUAUUGGGGGAGUAGUGUUUCGUAGAAAUCGCCUUCACGUAUUAUAUAUAAGGAUUGCAAUAAUUAAAGGGUUUUUUAUAUCUAUCUCAACACCAACAAUCCUUUCAUUGCAACGUUGAGCAUACAAACAAUCAACAUCCUAUUAUAAAUUGGAUUGUUGAAAUUGAGGCAGGUAAACUACCCAGUCAUUAAACUAUACACUGUUUACCUUUACUAAUAUUGACUGGCCAUUUUUUUAUUAAUUCAAAGUAAGUUUUACAAGUUGCCCUUUACUCGUUAAUUAUAUACCAGAGGACAAGUAUAAGUUUACAAAUAGAUCAACUUGGUUGUAAUUAUUUAAAUUUAACACUAAAAGACUGUACAAAUUAAGAGAAGACAACUGACUGAAAUAUUACUAGACAUAAGAAAACAUCGAUAUUGCUUUUAGCUGAAACUUUUGAACUAUGGUAAUUUCCAUCCAAACUGUUUUGAAUAAGCCAAUAAUUUCUCAUACAUUUUAAUACCACCAGAUUUUUAUGAUUAAACGGAUAAGGUUUAUAAGUGAAAAGUUUUUUUUUUUUUUUUUUACAAAUAUAUGUAUUAAAACCAUAGGAAUAAAAUGUAAAUUUAUUUAGUAUUAUUUUUAAAACUAAAACUACAGUAUUAUUUUAAUAUGAAUAAUAGU